CCAGCUGCAGGAAGUCCCGGAGCCCGGUGAGGGGGAGCGGGGCGCAGCGUCGCACCGUGCAUGGUGCUGCGGCGUCGGAGGGAGUGGAUGAGACGCCGGAGCUGACCCAGAGAUGGCUGUCCUCAAACUGGCCGACCAGCCUCCUCUCAUCCAGGCGAUCUUCAGCGGAGACCCUGAAGAGAUCCGCAUGCUCAUUUAUAAAUCUGAAGACAUCAACGCUCUGGACUCGGAGAAGCGCACGCCGCUGCACGCGGCAGCUUUCCUGGGCGAUGCCGAGAUCACCGAGCUCCUCAUCCUCUCCGGGGCCCGGGUCAACGCCAAAGAUAAUAUGUGGCUCACCCCCCUCCAUCGUGCUGUGGCAUCUCGGAGCGAGGAGGCGGUGCGAGUUUUGAUCCGCCACUCGGCCGACGUCAACGCGCGGGACAAGAACUGGCAGACGCCGCUGCACGUCGCUGCAGCCAACAACGCGCUGCGAUGCGCCGAGGUCAUCAUCCCGCUGCUGAGUAGCGUCAACGUUUCGGACCGCGGCGGACGCACCGCCCUGCAUCACGCUGCCCUCAACGGCCACACCGAGAUGGUAAACCUCCUCCUCGCUAAAGGAGCCAACAUCAACGCCUUUGAUAAGAAGGACGGCCGCGCGCUGCACUGGGCAGCUUUCAUGGGGCAUUUGGAUGUGGCUUGCCUGCUGGUGAGUCAGGGGGCGGAGAUCAGCUGUAAGGACAAACGUGGAUACACUCCCCUCCACACGGCGGCCUCCAGCGGGCAGAUCGCUGUCGUCAAACACCUGCUGAACCUGUCUGUGGAGAUAGAUGAGUCCAAUGCGUUUGGGAACACGGCGCUGCACGUGGCCUGUUUUAACGGUCAAGACGCCGUCGUCAGCGAGCUGAUCGACUACGGCGCCAACGUCGGCCAGGCCAACAACAAGGGCUUCACCCCGCUGCACUUUGCCGCCGCCUCCACACAUGGAGCGCUCUGUCUGGAGUUCCUGGUUAACAACGGAGCUGAUGUCAACAUGCAGAGCCGUGACGGGAAGAGUCCUCUUCACAUGACGGCAGUUCACGGACGCUUCACUCGCUCGCAGACUCUCAUCCAGAAUGGUGGGGAGAUCGACUGUGUGGACAAAGACGGCAACACGCCGCUCCACAUCGCCGCCCGCUACGGUCACGAGCUCCUCAUCAACACGCUCAUCACCAGCGGGGCAGACUGCACGAGGCGAGGAGUCCACGACAUGUUCCCUCUGCACCUGGCUGCCCUGAACGCUCACUCGGACUGCUGCAGGAAGCUGCUGUCCUCAGGCUUCCAGAUCGACACUCCGGACAGCCUGGGGAGGACCUGCCUGCACGCCGCCGCCGCCGGAGGUAAUGUGGAGUGUGUGAAGCUGCUCCUGAGCAGCGGUGGAGACCACAACCGGAGGGAUAAGUGCGGCAGAACCCCCCUCCACUACGCGGCCGCCAGCCGUCACUACCAGUGUCUGGAGACUCUGGUUGCUUGUGGCACCGCCAUCAACGCCACUGACCAGUGGGGGCGCUCUGCUCUGCACUACGCUGCUGCCUCGGACCUGGACCGGAGGCGACGUGUGAAUCUGGAGCCAGAGAGUGAAGGCGUUCAGGCGGAGCGGGAGAAAGAGGCCGCGCUAUGUUUGGAGUUCCUGCUGCAGAGCGGAGCGACAGCCUCUCUGAAAGACAAGCAGGGUUACAGCUCCGUGCACUACGCUGCAGCCUACGGACACAGGCACUGUCUGGAGCUGCUGCUGGACAGAGACGACAGUCAUCAAGACGACCCCGAAUCUCUGAGCGCUAAGAGCCCGCUGCACCUUGCUGCGUACCACGGCCACGCUCAGGCCCUGGAGGUGCUGCUGCAGGGGGAGAGGGAGGUGGACCAGGGGGACGAGGCGGGGAGGACCCCCCUGGCCCUGGCCGCCCUCAGGGGCCACGCUGAGUGCGUUCACACCCUCCUCAGCCAGGGGGCGUCGCCGCGCACCACCGACAGCCAGUACGGACGCAGCGCUGUGCACCUGGCAGUGAUGAACGGUCACACGACGUGUGUGCGCCUCCUGCUGGAUGAGUCUGACAGUGCGGACCUCGUAGACGCCGCUGACGCUCAGGGACAGACUCCUCUGAUGCUGGCGGUGGCAGGAGGUCACGUGGACGCCGUGUCGCUGCUGCUGGAGCGGGAAGCCAACGUGAACGCGGCGAGUAAACACGGCCUCACCGCACUGCACCUCGGGCUGCUGUGUGGUCAGGAGGAGUGUAUCCAGUGUCUGUUGGAGCAGGAAGCUUCGAUUUUGCUCGGCGACUCUCGAGGUCGCACCGCCAUCCACCUGGCCGCCGCCCGAGGUCACGCCUCGUGGCUGAGCGAGCUGCUGAGCAUCGCCUGCUCUGAGCCGCCGUCCCUCCCCCCGCUGAGAGACCACAGCGGGUACACGCCGCUGCACUGGGCCUGCUACUACGGUCACGAGGGCUGUGUGGAGGUUCUGCUGGAGCAGAAAGGUUGUCGCUGUAUUGAUGGGAACCCGUUCACCCCGCUGCACUGCGCUGUGGCCAACGAUCACGAGCCGUGUGCGGCGCUGCUGCUGGAGGCGAUGGGGUCGGACAUCGCUGGCUGCAAAGACGCUAAAGACAGGACUCCUCUUCACGCUGCAGCGUUCUCGGGUCACGUCGACUGCAUCCAGCUGCUCCUGUCCCACGAUGCACCUGUCGACACUGUGGACCAAUCAGGUCGCAAUGCACUGAUGAUGGCGGCGGAGAAGGGCAGAGUCGGAGCCCUGGAGGUGCUGUUGACCAGCGCCAGUGCCACCCUCAGUCCGAUGGACAAAGACGGCAACACCGCCCUGCAUCUAUCUUGCAGUAAUGGAAAGGAAGACUGUGUGAUGAUGAUCCUGGAGAAGCUGUCGGACACGGCGCUCAUUAAUGCAACAAAUGCAGCGCUGCAAACUCCUCUCCACCUGGCGGCUCGCAGCGGUCUGAAGAAGGCGGUACAGGAGCUGCUGACUCGAGGAGCCAACGUUCAGACGGUGGAUGAGAACGGUCUGACGCCUGCUCUAGCUUGCGCUCCUAGCAGAGAGGUGGCUGACUGUCUGGCUCUCAUUCUGGCUACCAUGAUGCCUUUCUGCUCCCCUUGCAGCUCCGGGGCUCCCUCCCCAGGCUCCCUGCUGAGGCAGCUGCCCCACCAGGGGGUUAAAGGCCUGGGCACCGGCCCCCGGGGGCCGCGCAGCCCCAGGAACCCCUCCCGACCCUCCAGCGAGGGAACCACCGAGAACGACUCUGAGGACUCGGAAACCUUCUGACCCCUCGGGACCGACUCUCCGCCCCCCUCCCACCAGCUGUGCACCUGAACUCUUUACCUCGUCUCCAGGAAGCAAACAGUGUUUUAGUCUGUGACGUGCACUCUCAGCGAGGAGGGGGGAGACGCAGCUUGGAUGUUUUUGCAGUUUCAUGUACAGAAUCGUCCUCCUGUGUGACGCCAGGCUGGACGGCG